AUGGAAUCGAACAUCUAUGAAGAAAUAUUUGGACUUGCUAUGGGAUCGCCGCUCUCACCACUUUUGCCGAACGUAUACAUGAACAAAAUAGAAGAGAAGUUCAAGAUGGCACCGCUACAACUGGUAGUGCUCAUGUGGUACCUGGAUGAUUAUUUCGCAAUUUGGUCACAUGGAAGAGAAAAACUGGAAGAGUUUCUGAAGUUUGUAAAUCAUAUUGAUGGAAAAUUCACGAUGGAAAUAGAUAAAGGUGAGCGAUUACCGUUCCUGGACGUUGAAGCUGAAGAUUGGAAUAAUGAGGAGCAUGAUCAUCCAAAGCCUACGCCUAACGGAUGUAGAAUUCUGGGACGAGGAGCUGGACAAAUUGACGAGGAUAUUCCUCGACAAUGGCUACCCUAG